AAUGUCCCCACUAUUGGAGAGGUGUAUUUCUUAGCCAAGAAAGUGGUGUGCUACUUGAGUGGACUGGGACAGCCAUUGAAUUCUAAUGCUGACAACUUUGAGAGUGAUCGGUGUUGGUUCAAGUGUGCAUGGACACUCCAGGAGCUCAGCAGGAAUAUAAUCAUUGGUGGGAACACUGGCAAUCAAAAGCUACGGGCCAAGUUUUAUAAGCAACUAUCAUUGCUGCAGAAUAUGAGGAGUCAACGGGAUGUAUAUAGUGUGCUAUUACAUAUGCAAAAGCGGGUUUCAACAAAUCCUGUGGAUAAAAUUGCAGGGAUGGCAUAUCUUUUGGAUUCUGAAUGUAUACCAGCAUACUAUGGAAAGCAGUCUGAAGAGGAUGCAUGGAUAGCACUGGUAGAUGCAGCAUUGCGCUGGUGCCAGGGAGAUUUGCUUUUCCUGUAUCCUAAACCUGGAAAUGGAAUGAAAAUUUGGUGA